AAGCUCUGUGCUGCCUGAUCACAGCUGGGUCAGUAAGGAGAGUCUCCAUGGAUCCAGUCAUGGUCUUGGUGCUCCUGGUGCUCAGUCUGUCCUGUCUGCUUCUCCUCUCACUCUGGAAACAGAGCUCUGGGAGAGGGAAGCUCCCUCCAGGUCCCACUCCUCUCCCAAUUAUUGGCAAUUUCCUCCAGAUAGAUGUGAAGGAUAUUCAACAAUCCUUAACCAAUUUAUCAAAAGUCUAUGGCCCUGUGUUCACACUGUAUCUGGGCAUGAAACCCACUGUGGUGUUGCAUGGCUAUGAGGCAGUGAAGGAAGCCCUGAUUGAUCGUGGGGAGGAGUUUUCUGGAAGAGGAAGGAUUCCAGUUUUCGAUAAAAUUUUUAACGGCCUGGGCAUUAUUUUUAGCAAUGGAAAUAUAUGGAAAGAUAUAAGGCGUUUCUCACUCAUAACCCUGAGGAAUUUGGGCAUGGGGAAAAGGAGCAUUGAGGACCGCGUUCAAGAGGAAGCACAGUGCCUUGUGGAGGAACUGAGAAAAACCAAAGGCUUACCUUGUGAUCCCACCUUCAUCCUGUAUUGUGCUUCCAGCAAUAUCAUCUGCUCCAUUGUUUUCCAGAAUCGUUUUGAUUAUAAAGAUCGGGAUUUUCUUAACUUGCUGGAAAAACUGAAUGAGAACACCAAGAUUUUGAGCUCCCCCUGGAUGCAGGUUUGCAAUAUGUUCCCCAUUCUGCUUAAUUUUUGUCCAGAAAGUUAUAACACAUUUUUAAAAAAUCAUACUUAUAUUAAAAGUUACCUAUUGGAGAAAAUAAAAGAACAUGAAGAGUCAUUGGAUGUUGCAAAUCCUCGGGACUUUAUUGAUUUUUUCCUAAUUAAACGAAGGCAGGAAAACUGCAAUCAAUUGUCGAACUAUACACUUGAACACCUGACAACAACAGUGGGUAAUUUGUUUGUUGCUGGGACAGAGACAACAACAUCAACGCUGAGAUAUGCUCUCCUCCUGCUACUGAAGCACCCCCAUGUCAAAGAUAAAGUCCAGGAAGAGAUUGACCGUGUGAUGGGUAGACACCGCAGGCCCUGCAUGCAGGACAGGAGCCACAUGCCCUAUACAGAUGCCAUGAUUCACGAGGUCCAGAGAUUCAUUGAUCUCAUCCCCAACAGCUUGCCCCAUAAAGUGACCUGUGAUGUGAAGUUUAGGAACUACCUCAUCCCUAAGGGAACAACGGUAAUAACAUCAUUGUCGUCGGUGCUGCAUGACAACAAGGAAUUCCCCAACCCAGAGACCUUUGACCCUGGCCACUUUCUAGAUGAGGAAGGAAACUUUAAGAAAAGUAACUACUUCAUGCCUUUCUCAACAGGUCUAUCUCUAUGUGGAAGAGGAAACUACUACACUCCAAGCAGAGAGGAAUGAUUCCUCUCCACACCUGCCAUCUCCCUUGGAUCUGCUUGGACCACAAUAGCAGCUAUUGUCCACACACACCUGGCUGAAGACUUCCAAGAGGAGCUUGAUCAGGCCAUGAUAUCCACUGCUGACAAGCCUUCAAUUCCUCCAGCAAUAUAUGAACUCUUUUGCUAGGUCCUGAUCCAAAACAGGAAAACUAGACCUAAUGACUACCACACAUGGGGGGACUUGGAUAGUAUUGAAGAAAUGCUUUGUCUAUGUAAAUGUAUUAAAUGUUAUUUGAAAUCAUUGUUAAUACCCUCAAGAAACUCUGCACAGGGGUCUUUUCUGAGCCUGAUACUCCACCAAGGACCAUGUAUGGAUAUAACCUAGAACCUCUGCUUGGAUGUAGCCCGUGGUAACUCAGUAACCAAGUGGGUUUCCCUAGUAAGGGGAACAGGUACUAUUUCUGACAUGAACUCAAUGGCAGGCUCUUUGAACUCCCCACCCCCCAAGGGAGGAGCAGUCCUGCUAGGCCACAG